AUGCAGGGCACAGUAGUACCUAUCUGUAAUAUCAUCACUUGGGACGCUAAGUCGGGACUGCCUCUAAUUAGAGUCAGUCUGGGCUGCUUUGCGGGCCAAGGCUACAAAAGCUUCACGCGUAGAAGAAAAAAAAAAGCGCACCGAGUUGGCUUUCUCCGGACAGGAAGUCUGAACCGGCAGCAGGAAAAACAGAGCGGCCGGAACGUGGAGGCGGAGAAACCCGGACCGCGCAGCCGCCAGGACACACCAGCUCCGCCCCGCUUCUUAGCUGUGUUUUGUUUUGGACCUCCCUCAGUUCUCAAGGCAGCUGAGAACGUUCUCGUGAAAUUGGCUGUUUGCCAGCAGCAAGAAACAGCAGCUGCUCAGCUGAAAGAGAAAGAAGAAUCCCUUCAGCUUCAUCAGGAAGCUUGGGAGCGGCCUCAGUCACAAAAGGAACUCCGCAGCAAAACCCAAAAUGCUCCAGACAACCGACCAGAGGAAAAGUUCUUCAGCCGCUUAGAUUCGAGAGUAAAGAAAAGUACUACUUUAGACAAAAAAAAAAAACUAAAAAAACUAAAAACAAUUACGGAACAACAGAGAGACUCCUUGUCUCAUGAUUCUAAUGGCCUGAAUUUAAGCAAAUAUAUUGCAGAAGCCGUAGCGUCCAUUGUGGAAGCAAAUUUAAAAGUCUCUGGUGUGAACAGUGCAGUGCACCUCUGCUCUCUAUUUCACCAGCUGGCUGACUGCCUGCCCUCACUUCUUCCGGUGUGGAAAAAGCCUGAAGCAAGGAAAGAGGAGAAAAUGCCUAACAUUACCAAGCUAAGAACUGACUUGUGUUUCAUUGCAGAACUGAUAAUAGUGGGGAUUUUCACUGACAAGGAAGGUCUUUCCUUGAUCUAUGAAGAGCUAAAAAGUAUUAUUAGUGCUGAUCGAGAAUCCAACACUCAUGUUUCUGUGGUGAUUAGCUUCUGUCGCCAUUGUGAAGAUGAUACUGUUGGACUCAUAACAAGGAAAGUCAAGAGUGCUGCAAAGAAGUUUAAUUUGAACUUUCCUCCGAGUCCAGAGAAGCAACAGCCUUUCCAGAUCUUAAAGGAGCACUUUAUGUCUUUGACCAAACACCUGAAAAGGGAACACAGGGAGCUUCAGAAUACUGAGAGGCAAAACAGGCGCAUUCUGCAUUAAGGUGCGCUAAGUGAGGAUGGGCACAAACAGUAUGAGGAAUUUGCAAUGUCUUACCAGAAGCUGCUGGCAGAUUCUCAGUCCUUAGCAGACCUCUUGGAUGAAAAUAUGCCAGAUCUUCCUCAGGACAAAACGACACCUGAAGAACACGGACCUGGAAUCGAUAUAUUUACACUUCAUAAACCUGGAGAAUAUGACGUAGAAGGUGAUAUAUAGGAAGAUGAAGACACUUGAAAUUUUUAUGAAAAUCUCACUGAUUUGAAAGCAUUUGUUCCAGCUGUCUUGUUUAAAGAGAAUGAGAAAAGUCAGAACAAAGAUGCUGAUUCCAAAGAGGCAAAAGAACCAAAGGAUAAUAAGGAGACAUCAGGUCCUGAUGACUUGGAACUUGAGUUGGAGAAUCUAGAAAUUAAUGAUGAUAUGCUGGAGUUAGAAGAUGGAGAUGAAGCUGAAGACCUUACAAAGAAACUUCUUGAUGAACAAGAACUAGAAGAUGAAGAAGCCAGCUCUGGAUCUCACCUCAGACUCACAGAAGAUGCCUUCCUCCAGCAGCUGCAUGUCAACUGAGAUCUAAUUGACAAGGCAGCCAUGAAUUUUUGCAUGAACAUGAACACAAAGGCAAACGGGAAAAAGUUGGUACGAGCACUCUUCAUAGUUUCUAGACAAAGGUUGGAUUUGCAACCACGUUAUGCAAGAUCGGUUGCUACAUUGCAUCCCUGCAUGUCUGAUGUAGCAGAGGAUCUUUGUUCCAUGCUGGGGGGGGAUUUCAGAUUUCAUGUACGAAAAAAGGACCAGAGCAACAUUGAAACAAAGAACUAAACAGUUGGUUUUAUUGGAGAACUAACCAAGUUUAAUAUGUUCACCAAAAAUGAUACACUGCAUUGUUUAAAGAUGCUUCUGUCAGACUUUUCUCAUCAUCAUAUUGAAAUGGCAUGUACUCUACUGGAGACCUGUGGACGAUUUCUUUUCAGAUCUCCAGAAUCACACCUGAGGACCAGUGUGCUUUUGAAACAAAUGAUGAGAAAGAAACAAGCAAUGCAUCUUGAUGUGUGGUAUGUUACAAUAGUAGAGAAUGCAUAUUACUAUUGCAACCCACCUCCAGCUGGAAAGACAGUGAGAAAGAAACAUCCUCCACUUCAGGAGUGUGCCAGAAAACUUUUGUAUACGGAUCUCUCUAAGGUCACUACUGAGAAGGUUUUGAGACAGAUGCGAAAGUUGCCCUGACAAGACCAAGAAGUAAGAGACUAUGUUAUUUGUUGUAUGAUAAACAUCUGCAUUCACUGUGUGGCCAACCUCGUAGUAGGACUAGUACCCUACCAGGAGGAUGUGGGAAUCCAUGUUGUAGAUGGAGUACUUUAAGAUAUUCGACUGGGGGUGGGGGUUAAUCAACCUAACUUUAGCCAGAGGCGUGUCAGUAGUGCCAAGUUCUUAGGAGAACUUUAUAAUUACAGAAUGGUGGAAUCAGCUGUUAUUUUCAGAACUCUUUAUUCUUUUACUUCAUUUGGUGUCAACCCUGAUGGUUCUCCAAGUUCACUGGACCCUCCUGAGCAUCUGUUCAGAAUUAGACUAGUACGCAUCGUUUUGGAUACCUGUGACCAGUACUUUGACAGAGGCCCCAGUAAACAAAAACUUGACUGCCUCCUUGUAUGCUUUCAGCAUUAUGUUUGGUGGAAGAAAAGUUUGGAGGUUUCGACAAAAGACCAUCCAUCUCCUAUUGAUAUCAAUUACAUGAUCAGUAUCAGUGAUACACUAGAACUACUAAGGCCAAAGAUCAAACUCUGUAAUUCUCUGGAAGAAUCCAUCAGGCAGGUACAAGACUUGGAAGGAGAAUUCUUAAUAAAACCAGGCCUAGAAAAUGAGAAGGAGUCCAAAGAUUCUAAGAGAGAAGGGGAAAAUCUUGAAGAGGAUGAUGAAGAAGAAGGAGGAGGAGCUGAAACUGAAGAACAGUCUGGAAAUGAAAGCGAAGUGAAUGAGCCAGAAGAAGAGGGUUCCGAGGAGGAAGAGGAGAAGGAAGAGGAGGAGGAGGAGGAAGAAGAAGAAGAAGAGGAGGAAGAGAAUACAAAUGACCUCACAGAUUCCAAGGAGAAUGAGACUGCUGAAGAGAGUGCUGAGGGGAUGGUUAAAGGGAGUGGACUGAUUGUUCCUCAUGUAGAAGAUGAGGGUUCCUUCAGUCUCUGGACAACGAUUAUAGAAAACCUUCAGCAGAGAAGUGGCGAAUCUGUUAGUCACCACCUUGGUGUCGCUAUUCCUUUGCAUCUCAAAAGCCAGCUGAGGAGAGGGCCCCCACUUGGUGGGGAGGAAGGAGAGACUGAGUCUGCAGACACUAUGCCGUUUGUCAUGUGAACAAGAAAAGGCAACAAGCCGCCGUUUCAGAUUCUUAAUGUGUCCUUGUCAUCCCAACUUGCUGCAAAUCGUGGGAACCAGCAGCAAGCAGCAAGGAUGAGAAUGAAAAAGCUCACAUUAGAGAUCAAUGAGCAACAAGAGCUAGAAGGUUAUCAAGAAGUGUUGCAGUCUCUUACACAGCGCCCAGCUCCAGCAAACACCAAUCGUGAGCAGCAGCCACAUCCAAAGGGAGCACCUAACACAGACCUAGUCUUUAGGACUGGAGGGAGGCCCUGCCCUUCUCUGGAGCUGGACUCUGGCACUUCAUCAUGA